AUGCAAAACAUCGCCCACAAACCGGGGGACGUGGCGCGAGAAUCGCUCGCGUCGCCACUCCCGACGGAUGCCUUGCAAACAAAGCCCAAUGUGUCGUCUUUGGGAUCGUGGUCUCAUUUGAUCGCUGGCGCCGCAGGUGGAAUGGUCACGGCGGUUCUCACAAGCCCACUCGAUGUCCUCCGAACCAGGUUACAAACAGACUAUUACCAAAGCCAAGCAGCCAAGUCUCGUCCGGUUCCUACACAACCCCAUCUUCGUCCAUCAUUCUAUCGCACCUCCCUCCUUCACUUCCGUGACACAUUCGAAAUCCUCUUCUCCAUUCACCGCGUGGAAGGCUGGCGAGGUCUCUUCAAGGGUCUCGGACCUAGUCUGACCGGAGUCGUUCCGGCCAGCGCAGUAAAAUUCUACACAUACGGAAACUGCAAACGGCUUCUUCCGGAGAUCAUCGGAUGUGAGAAGGAUUCAUCACUCGUGCACGCCCUGUCCGCUGCAUGCGCCGGAAUAGCCACCGGCUCAGCCACAAAUCCGAUCUGGGUGGUUAAGACGCGACUUCAGCUUGAUAAGGCUGGGGCCCGACGAUACAAGAAUAGCCUGGAUUGCGCCAGACAGGUUAUGCAACAGGAGGGACCAAAGGGCUUUUACCGGGGCUUGUCGGCGAGUUUCCUGGGUACAAUUGAGACGACACUGCACCUGGCAAUGUAUGAGAGGUUCAAGUCAAUGAUCUCGAAGAAGAUUGAUCUCAAUGAGAAGAGCGAGACAAACGGAUUUGUUCAGGGUCUUGCCAUGAGUGGAGCUUCGGGUUUGUCAAAGUUGAUCGCGUGUUUAAUUGCGUAUCCUCAUGAGGUUAUCAGGACUAGGUUACGACAGGCUCCGAUGGCGGACGGUCGCCAGAAGUACACUGGAAUCCUUCAGUGUGCGCGGUUGAUUCUGAAGGAAGAGGGUGCAGCAGCGCUGUAUGGAGGCUUGACGGCACAUCUCCUUCGGACGGUUCCUUCCGCUGCUAUUACAAUCGGCACCUAUGAGCUGGUCCUCAAGGUCCUCGAGCGUCGCUAG